AGACGCUCGUCCUCCACCAGCGACUUAUUUCGGUAAGUGGAGUCUCGGCGGCGUUUACUGCGAGAUUUCACGGAUCUUUUUGGGUCCUUCCCUCUUCUUCUUACAGGAGUCAAAGAGGAAUUCUUGGGCCCAGAGAUGCGUCCCCGUCGCCGUCCCGAUCUGGUCCAUCUAGGGGUUUUGCUAGGAUUUCUUCUCCUGUGUUAUCGCGCCGGGGCUUCGAUCCAUGAGUACUCCAAUGGCGCAUUCACUCCCCGCUCCAAUUCCUUCUUCUUCCACGGCGGCAGCGAGGGCCUCUAUGCCUCCGCCGUGGUCAACAUCACCGCCCCCUCCUCCGACGGCGAUUCUUUCAUCCAGUUUGAAUCUGUCACCUUCAGGCGCACAAAAGAAUCAGCAUCGAAGCAUAGUGAUAUGCAACAAAAUACUGGGUUAGUAGAAGCUAUAAUAGUUGAAAUUCAAGACAGGGAUAAGAUUGGUGGUAGAUACCUAAACACCAAUGCUAUAUGCUGCACUCGUGAACUCAAUGAUCAGAAUCUCUGUAAAGUUGGGGAAGUAAUCAUUCGUCCAACUCAGGCUAACUCAGAUUGGCCAAAACGCAUUCAGACAUUUUUUGAGGGUAGUAGUAAAGAAACAACUAUGAUGACUCAGACUAUUCCUAUAAGAAAAACUGGAAUGUAUUACCUUUAUUUUAUGUUUUGUGAUCCACUACUUAUAGGAAUGGUAAUUAAAGGUCGAACUGUUUGGAGAAAUCCAUACGGUUAUCUUCCUGGAAAAAUGGCACCUUUAAUGACAUUCUAUGGAUUCAUGUCAUUGGCAUAUCUUUUACUUGGUCUCAUCUGGUUUCUACAAUUUGUGCGACAUUGGAGGCAUACAUUGCAGCUUCACUAUCAUAUCACAGCUGUAAUAGCUCUAGGCAUGUGUGAAAUGGCUUUUUGGUAUUUCGAAUAUGCAAAUUUUAAUUCCACUGGAACUAGACCUAUGGGCGUAACCAUUUGGGCAGUCACUUUCACUGCUGUAAAAAAGACUGUUUCUCGGCUUCUGCUUUUGGUAGUUUCCAUGGGCUUUGGUGUUGUUCGACCAACAUUGGGUGGGAUAACUUCAAAAGUUGCUGUUCUUGGUGCGGUGUAUUUUGUUGCCUCAGUAGCUCUGGAACUUGUUGAGCAUUUGGGAAACAUCAAUGACUUUGCUGGAAAGGCAAGAUUGUUCCUGGUGCUGCCUGUUGCACUUUUGGAUGCAACUUUCAUUGUUUGGAUAUUUUCAUCAUUGUCAAAAACUCUAGAAAAGCUUCAGGUAAGGAGAAGUAUAGCAAAACUGGAGCUAUAUCGCAAGUUUACCAACACUCUUGCUGUUUCUAUUCUUCUUUCACUUCUCUGGAUUGGCUAUGAGUUGUAUUUCAAUGCAACUGAUCCCCUAAGUGAACUUUGGCAAAGGGCUUGGAUUGUCUCUGCAUUCUGGAAUGUCCUGUCAUACGUACUCCUUGGAAUUAUCUGCAUCCUAUGGGCUCCAUCUCAUAAUCCAACUGGUUUUGCAUAUUCGGAGGACACAAACGACGACUUUGAUGACGAGGGAGUUUCCCUUACUGGAAGUGGUGCCAGGGGAAUUGGUGAUAAUUUGAGCAAACUGGAGAGAAAGGAAAGGAAGAAUAUGGAUCAUGUAUUUGGGAUUGGAAAUGAUAUCGAGGAGGAUAAGCGGGAGUAGCUGCCUUCCCUGGAUGGGGUUCUAAUCUUCCAUCAUGUUAUGCCUGCUAUACCUCAUUCUCCAAGACACAAUGAAUUCAUUGAUGUGGUGCAUGCUAGGCCAGCUCUACAUGGAAUGAUCUCUAUCUUUAUUGUGGUAUUUGGCCAGGGACACACUGCUCUUCUGUACCGUCUCCGAGCACGCCUACAUGUGGAUUCUACUACACACCUGAAACUGCAUCAAAGAUGGUGCUCGCUGUUCAUAGCUGGAAUCAUGGGGGGGGGGGACUGCUAGCUUCUAAGCCUAUAUGGAUUUGGUGAAUAAAAGUGUUAAGAAUCUUGUUCAUGGUAGGUGUGCAACUUGUCAUCAUCAGUGUAAUGGUUUGGUGGUCGAUCUUCCUGUACCUGUGCCACAUCUAUUUCACUUGCCAACCAUUAAUCUCACACUUCAUGUUCCUGUCUAGUUCAGGUCAAUCUUGGGAUUCAUUCUCAAGAUCCAGCCUCAGUUUUAAUAUCUAAUUAUGAUUUCAGGAAGCUAUCUUCUUCCAUUA